GUGGAGAAACGGGAAAUGAAACCUUCACACAUAAACAAACUGGUUUUGCCAAAAAUCUGCUUAUGGCUUUUACAACUGAAACAUGAGAGAAGAGAGAAAAGUCUGUCGCCAUCCUGACUGAUGUGAUGAACUUACAACUGCUUCCCGUAAUUCUGUCAUUGGCAGUGUUCCUCUCCGUUGCUCUCUCCCAGGACCUGGUCUCAAUCCAGUUUAAAUCAGAUCCAGUCCUGGUGCAGACUGGCACUGAUGCGGUCUUCACGGUGGUCACAGUGUUACAGGUGUUUUCCAUCACAUGGGGUUACCCAGGUGGGGUGACCCCCCUGGGGCUAUGGGUGGGGGGCAGUGCGGUGCUCAACACUGUGACCCAGUACCAGGGCAGGGUCACCAUCACAGCCACCCAGCUCCGUAUCAGCAGUGCCCAGCUGGGAGACGCGGGGAACUACACAGUGAAGGUGGACCCCUCGCCCACCACGGGCCUGGCACAAAACACCAGGUCCAUACAGCUCAGGGUGUUCGAUGCAGUGGAUGGCGUGACUAUGUUUGUGCCGUCAGUGGCUCUGGAGGGGGGCAAUGUGUCUGUGCGCUGUACCUGGACCAAGGGGACAGAGACCAGUGUGCUGUGGGGUAAAGGGGGCUCUGCUCUCACCUCGAACUCCAGGGUCACUAUCAAAGGAGGCGACCUGGUGAUCAACCCGGCCAGGAGGGAAGAUGCCGGGGUCUACUCCUGCACCGUCUCUAACCUUGUCAGCGCUCAGACCGCCUCAAAGACCCUCACAGUUUACUAUGGUCCCGACACCCCCGUGCUGAGCAAGGCUUCCCCGGCAGACUGUGUGGUAGCAGCGGAUGCAGUGGUAGGACAGACGAUCCGACUCACCUGCGUGUCCAACUCCCUGCCCCCCGCCACUUUCUCCUGGAAAUACAACAAUGAACCCGUGGCGUCUGGCCAACCGGCCAGUGGCGUGUUCAGCCUCCAGACCUUCUCCACCAACCAGAGCGGCCAAUACAAGUGCGUGGCUAGCAAUGCCAUCACGGGCGCCACGUCGGAGCAGGGGACGGACCUGGCCAUCGUGGGCACAUGCCUCAGUGCAGGGGCAGUCGCGGGCAUAGUGAUUGGCUGUGUGGUCGCUCUGAUCUUAAUCGUCAUAGCCAUCGUACUCCUGGUGCGCUGGAAGAGAGUAUGUGACAAUGUUGCUUUAUUGCAGUUGACCGAAGACUGA